AUGUUUAUAAGAAAAAAACUUAACUGGAAAUAAAGGUAAACUUACAUUUGCUGUGUGUUUCGCUGUUUCUGGUUCUUCCAUCUUAAUAAAGAAAGUUUCCAUUAAAGAAAAAAGAAAGAAUUGAAGAAGAAAAAGAAGAAAAGUUGCAGUGAUGGUAUCGAGAAACGUGUCCUUGAGGCAAAUAUUCGCGGAGAGGAGCAAGGAAAGACUCCUCUCGCGCCAUGAGCUGCCGCUGAAUGGCAGCAACAACAGAGCUGGGGGAAUUCUGCGUGUCCUUGCAGAUCGUACUGCGACGGUCUACAAGGGCGUGUGCGAGUUCUUCCGGCAGCUCCAGGAGAUGGCGCGGUCAGAUCGGCGGAAGGUGGCGUUCGCAGCAAAGGCGGGGCUUUCGCUGGCCCUGGUUUCGCUGUUCAUUUACGUGAAGGAGGAACAGUUGAGCAAGUACUCCAUCUGGGCUGUUCUCACUGUCGUUCUCAUUUUUGAAUUCAGCGUAGGUGCGACAUUGAGCAAAGGGUUGAAUCGUUCUUUCGGAACGCUUUCCGCUGGAGGGCUUGCUCUCGGAAUUGCUGAGUUGGCCAUUUUAGCCGGAGACUUCGAAGAACUUAUUAUCGUACUCUGUAUAUUUAUUGCAGGAUUUUGUGCAAGCUUUGUGAAGUUACUGCCUGCAAUGAAGACAUAUGAAUAUGGCUUUCGUGUGUUUUUGUUGACAUUUUGUAUUGUAUUGGUAUCUGGUAGUACUACCAGAGAUUUUUUCUCCACAGCCUUAUACAGAUUAAUUCUCAUUGCUGUUGGUGCUGGCAUAUGCUUGUUUGUGAGUAUUUUCAUAUACCCCAUCUGGGCUGGGGAGGAUCUGCAUAAAUUGGUGGUGAAAAAUUUCAAAGAAGUUGCUACAUCUUUAGAAGGUUGUGUAAAUGGAUACCUUCAAUGUGUUGCAUAUGAGAGGGUCCCUUCAAAAAUUCUGGUUUAUCAAGCCUCAGAUGAUCCACUUUACCGUGGCUAUAGAGCAGCAGUUCAAUCGUCAAGUCAAGAAGAGUCUUUGUUAGAUUUUGCAUCAUGGGAGCCACCUCAUGGUCCGUACAAGACAUUCAAUUAUCCUUGGAGAAGCUAUGUUAAAGUCAGUGGAGCUUUGAGGCAUUGUGCUUUCAUGGUCAUGGCAAUGCAUGGAUGCAUACUUUCGGAAAUUCAGGCACCUCCAGAGAAGAGAAUGGUUUUCAGUAAUGAACUUCAGAAGGUUGGUAAUGAAGGAGCUGAAGUAUUGCGUCAACUAGGAAGCAAAGUGGAAAAGAUGGAAAAGCUAAGCAAUGUAGACAUACUCUUGAAAGUGCAUGAGGCAGCUGAGCAAUUGCAGAUGAAGAUUGAUCAACAAUCAUUCCGCUUGUUCAAUUCAGAGAGUUGGCAGGAUGCAAAAAAGCCUAAAGAAAUUGAAAAUAAUGACAAUUGUUUGUUGAUUGAUGUCAAAGACAACGAGAACAAAAACUCACUGAUAUCUUCCCUCAGUGAAACAGGAGCUGAUUCAAGACUUAACAUAAACAUAGAGCCUUCGGUUCCUGAAUUGCACACUUCACAAAGCUUGAUGUCCAAUAAAAUGUCAUGGCCACGUCUCUCAUUUUAUGGAGAUAACAUGUUACUUGAGCAAGAUUCCAAAGUAUAUGAAAGUGCAAGCUCUCUGUCCUUGGCAACAUUUGCUUCCCUUUUAAUAGAGUUUGUUGCAAGGCUUCAAAAUCUUGUGGAUGAAUUCCAAGAUCUCGGUGAGAAGGCCAAUUUCAAAGACGUCUUUGAUGAACCAAUGUUGAAAGAGGCAAUAUGACACUUUUGGACCAAACUUCACAGGGCCUUUAUUCCAAGAUUGGAGAUCUGGAUUUUGAAGAUAUGGUUUUGUGGAUAUGAGUUUUGAAGAUCUGCUCUUCAAAGGCAUUAUUGUGACUCAACAAAUGCAGCAGAAGCAGUAAGAACAUUCGUAAAAUCUGAGGUUUCACAACAGAGAGGUGGUAGACAUUCAUAGAUCCAAGUUAUAUUUAGUCAGGUUUGGGUGUUUUGGAAACAUUAUAGCAUUGUUUUGUAAACCUACCUUCUUUUUUUCUCUCUACUCUAUCUCCAAAAGAUCCUUGAAGCAAUUUCAUCACUUCUCAUUUAAUCAUUAUUUGGGAUGGACGAAAACCUUUAUGAUGAGUUACUUGUAUAUGUUCCUUGAUGCUAUUGCUAUGUAUACAUACGUGGUUUGGACCUUUGGGGGUUGUUAUUGACUGGAAUUUCUUUAUUGUUGCAGUGAAAAUUUCUUUUUCUUUUAGUUUAAGUUGAUUAUGGAUGUUGUAUUUUAAUUGAAAUGGAGAUAAUAGAAAUUUGUAAUAAAGUUCCCCUUGUUCAUCAAUUGGUAUUGAUACAUGAUAUGACUUUA